AUGGAUAAUGUUUUUAAUAGAGUUAAAAAUGCUAUUAAUAAACUUAGAGACGUUUUGAAGUGUCAAAAAUGUUCAGAAAUGAAAACAGAAGAUUCAAUGUUAUUUUAUAGACUUUGUGAUCAUUUUUUUUGUGAAAAUUGUGUGGGUAAUUUAACUGUGUGUCCAAUGUGUCAAGAUCCACUUGACCAGCCUUUAAAAAUUAGUGAUGAUAAAGGUAUUUUACAUUUGUACUCGAGUUUAUUCAAAUUUGAAUUGCCUUCCAUGGACAGCAUUACAAGUAUAUAUGAAAGUUGUAUACAGAAAAAAUUAGAAAUUGCUCAAAUACAAGAAAAAGAGACAACUGUAAAAACUUUGGAAGUUGACAAUGUGCCUGAAGAAUCAAAUGAGUCGAAAUCAACAACCAAUGGUACUGAAAAUGAAUUCGAAAAAAAUAUUUCGAAUAAAAAUGAAAUUAUUAAUGGUCCCUCUACAUCAUCGACAAAAACUAGAAAAAGUUCAAGGGGUAGAAGUUCAUCAUCUAAAAGAUCACUAAAAUCGAAAGAAACUUCACCAUCGAAUUCGAAUGUGACUCCGAUAAAAAAACCUAAUUUGACUCGAAAAAAUGAAAAUUGUAAAACUACGCCUAAAAUUAACAUAAACAAACGUAAUCCAAAAGGAGAAACUCAGUUGCAUUUAGCGUGUAAAAAAUCAAAUUUUGAAGUCAUGAAAAAUUUAAUCGAUGCAGGUGCCAAUCUUAAUGCAAAAGACAAUGCUGGUUGGACUCCAUUGCAUGACUCUGUAUUUUCUGGAAAUACGGAAGUGAUUAAAUUUUUAUUAGAUAAUGGUGCCAAUGUUAAUAUACCUGGUUUGGAAAAUACAACAGCUCUUCAUGAAGCCAUAGCCAAAGGUAAUAGAAAAGUUGUCGAAUUGCUUUUAAAUUAUGGAGCAGAUAUUAAUGCUAUGAACAUUUUUAAAGAAACUCCCAUUAAUUGUCAAGAAAACGACGUGAGAGAUUUAAUUAUUUAUCAACAUUAUUUAUGUAUUGAAGAUGAAAAACUUGUUAAUAAAUUUGUUGAUAAAUUUAAUUUGAAAAUGAUUUCUUCGUUAACGGGGAAAACUUCACCGACUCAUAUUAUUAUACCUGAUGAAAAAUUAGAAAUGACUUGGGGAUUUAUUUCUUCUGUUCUUUCCGGAUGUUCGUUGGUUACCGUCGAGUGGGCAAAAGAAAGUAUAAGAGAUAAUUCAUUAAAAUCGGCUAGUUUCUACGAAGCGUCCGACGACAAAUAUUCAGGUUUUGCCAAAGGAAAAUUAAAUAAAAAAAAUCAACUUCCGGGUCUGUUUACCGGAUGUCAUUUUUUUUUCGGAGGCGUUUUCGAAUGUUACAACAUAAAAAACAUAACGGCACGAAAAGAAGACGUAAAACAAUUGGUUGAAAAAAAUGGUGGCGUUAUAUUAAAACGUUGUCCGGAUCCUGAAAGUUUGGCUUUGGAGAAAACGCUUCCAUUUCACGCCAACACCACCGGAUCUCUAUGUGAAACAUCUUAUUUUAUCAUUUAUCAGAGUGAAAAAUGGAAUCCUCAACCGAAAUACAACAUGUCGCACAUGAAAACAUUACCCUUUGACUGGUUAGUAUCAUGCAUUUAUUAUUUUGAAUUGAUUGACCCGAAAAAUUUUGCCGGUUGCGAAUUUUUAUAA